GGGGAUGCGAGGGCGGGGUGCGGGAUUUGGGAUGCGGGAUUCGGGAUUCGGGAUUUGGGAUGCGGGGGGGGGAUGGGGCUGCGGAUCCCGCCCUCCGCAGCGCCGGGAAAGAGCCGCUGGAGCGGGAAUGCUCCGGCCGGGAGCCGCAGGACAGUGCAGCCCGGCGGGAGAAGGGCGGAGGGCGCUGCGCUGUUUUCCAGAGGAAAUCCUGGAGCAGAAAGUUGCGCUGCGUUUAUUUUUUCACGGAAAGCCGAUGCCUGCGGCAUAGGGAUGCGGGAGAGGGGAAAGAUCCUGCGGGUCCAUCCCUGCUUUGUCUUUCGCUUUAAAAGGUCCGGAUCUUCCCGGUCAUCUGAUCCAGGUCAAGUAGGACUUUCCGUCGGCGACGGAUCCCACCGGAGCAUCUUCCCACAGCGGCUUCUUCCCCCCGGCAGGAAGUAGUGAGGCUCCUUCAAUCCCUGGAAUCCUGAAAGGUUGACCCCAUCGCCGCUCUCCCGUCCAUGGAUCACCUCCCGCCAUGAGCACGGACGGCGAGCGGCUCCUGGCAGCCGGAAUCCCCCUCUGGAGCAUCUCCAGCUGGGCCGGCUCUGAGCCGCCCCCCAACAGCAGCACAGCAGCUGCCGUGGGAGAUGCCAGCCGGCCCCCGGGGGCCCCGGAGCGCGGCGGGAGCGCGGCGGAGAUCGCGGGCAUGGUGGUGCUGCAGUGCAUCUACGGCCUGGUGUGCCUGCUGGGGCUGCUGGGCAACGCGCUCGUCAUCUUCGUCAUCCUGCGCUACGCCAAGAUGAAGACGGCCACCAACAUCUACCUGCUCAACCUGGCCAUCGCCGACGAGCUCUUCAUGCUCAGCGUGCCCUUCGUGGCCACGGCGGCGGCGCUGCGGCGCUGGCCCUUCGGCCGGGCGCUCUGCCGGACCGUGCUGGGCGUGGACGGCCUCAACAUGUUCAGCAGCGUCUUCUGCCUCACCGUGCUCAGCCUGGACCGCUACAUCGCCGUGGUGCACCCGCUGCGCGCCGCCUCCUACCGCCGCCCGCGCGUCGCCAAGCUGGUCAACGGCGGCGUGUGGCUGCUGGCGCUGCUGGUGGCCUCGCCCAUCCCGGUGUUCGCCGGCACGGCGGUCACCCGCGACGGCCGCGCCGUGGCCUGCGACCUGCUGUGGCCCAGCCCGGCGUGGGCGGCCGCCUUCGUGGUGUACAGCAGCGCACUGGGCUUCGUGCUGCCCGUGGUGGCCAUGGCGCUGUGCUACCUGCUGCUGGCCGGCAAGAUGCGCGUGGUGGCGCAGGGCGUGGGCUGGCAGCAGCGGCGGCGCUCCGAGGGCAAGCUGACGCGGCUGGUGGUCACCGUGGUGGCCAUGUUCGUGGUGUGCUGGCUGCCCUUCUACGUGGUGCAGCUGCUGGAGCUGCUGCUGCCCGGCCGCCUGGACGCCAGCGCGCACAACGCCUCGCUGCUGCUCAGCUACUCCAACAGCUGCGCCAACCCCAUCCUCUAUGGAUUGCUCUCCGAGAAUUUCCGCAACUCCUUCCACGGCGUGCUGCGCCGCUGCCGCGACGCCGGCCUGUGCUGCUGCCGCGCCGCCGGCGGGGACGGAGGGGACAGCGAGGACGAGGAGGAGCCACUGGAUUACUGCGCCGCGCCCCGCGGGGACGCCAAGGGCUGCGUGUGUCCCCCCCUGCCCUGCCAGCAGGACCCCCUGCGCCCCCAGCCCUGCUGCGCGCCCGGGGCCCUCCUCCCCAAAACCACCCCCUUCUAGGGGGCCCCAAAAUCGGGGGUGAAAGGGGAUGCCGGAUGGAGAGGGCCCGCGAUGCCGGGUGCGAUUGGCGGGUGCGCCGCGCCACUCUCCGAAAUAAAAAGCCAUAAGACUGGCCUGGGAUGGA